GCCGGCCCCGCUCCCCCCACGUGUCCGCCGGAGUUUCUCCAGCAGCAACAUGGCCGCUGCCUGAUAGAAGACCCGGCCGCCGCCGUCUCUGCAGCCCGCGGGUCCCUGGGCCGUUCCGCCGCCCGCGCGCGGCCCUGGCGGAGAGAUCGAGUUGACGACUGUGGUGGGCUCUCCCUAGUAUGGCCAAUGAAGAAGAUGACCCAGUCAUACAGGAGAUCGAUGUGUACUUGGCCAAAAGUCUGGCAGAGAAGCUGUAUCUCUUUCAGUAUCCUGUGCGUCCUGCUUCGAUGACCUACGAUGACAUUCCACAUCUCUCAGCCAAGAUCAAGCCCAAACAGCAGAAGGUAGAGCUUGAGAUGGCCAUCGACACCCUGAAUCCCAGCUACUGCCGCAGCAAAGGGGAGCAAAUCGCACUGAACGUGGACGGCGCCUGUGCUGACGAGACCAGCACAUAUUCCUCGAAGCUGAUGGACAAGCAGACCUUCUGUUCCUCACAGACCACCAGCAACACAGCUCGUUAUGCAGCUGCACUCUACAGGCAAGGUGAGCUCCACCUGACCCCUUUACAUGGCAUCCUACAGCUUCGGCCCAGCUUCUCCUACCUUGAUAAGGCAGAUGCUAAGCACCGAGAGAGAGAGGCAGCCAAUGAGGCAGGGGAUUCUUCUCAGGACGAGGCAGAAGAAGACGUUAAGCAGAUCACGGUACGGUUCUCCAGGCCAGAAUCAGAGCAGGCUCGCCAGCGCCGCGUGCAGUCCUAUGAGUUCUUACAGAAGAAGCAUGCAGAGGAGCCCUGGGUCCACCUGCACUACUAUGGCAUGAGGGAUAGCCGCUCAGAGCAUGAGCGCCAGUACCUGCUGUGUCAGGGAUCCAGCGGGGUAGAGAACACGGAGCUUGUCAAGUCACCCAGUGAAUACCUCAUGAUGCUCAUGCCACCCAGCCCAGAGGAAGAGAAGGACAAGCCCGUGGCUCCCAGCAAUGUCCUGUCCAUGGCCCAGCUGCGGACAUUGCCCCUGGCUGAUCAGAUUAAGGUCCUGAUGAAGAACGUGAAAGUCAUGCCUUUCGCCAAUCUCAUGAGCCUCCUGGGCCCCUCUGUGGACUCUGUGGCUGUUCUGCGUGGUAUCCAGAAGGUGGCGAUGUUAGUCCAAGGAAACUGGGUGGUAAAAAGUGACAUCCUGUAUCCCAAGGAUUCUUCAAGCCCUCACAGUGGUAUGCCUGCUGAGGUGCUCUGCAGGGGCCGAGACUUUGUUAUGUGGAAGUUCACACAGAGCCGAUGGGUAGUAAGAAAGGAGGUGGCAGCAGUGACCAAACUCUGCGCCGAGGACGUGAAGGACUUUCUGGAGCACAUGGCUGUAGUGAGGAUCAACAAAGGCUGGGAGUUCUUACUGCCUUAUGACCUGGAGUUUAUCAAGAAGCAUCCAGAUGUGGUCCAGCGGCAGCACAUGCUGUGGUCGGGCAUCCAGGCCAAAUUAGAAAAAGUCUAUAAUCUCGUAAAAGAAACCAUGCCAAAGAAACCGGAUGGACAAUCAGCGCAUGUUGGUCUGGUCUCUGGGGAACAGCGGGUCCAAACAGCCAAAACCAAGGCCCAACAGAACCAUGCCUUCUUGGAGCGUGAGCUGCAGCGACGGAAGGAGCAGGUGCGGGCAGCCACAGUCCUGCCUAGCGUGCAGGUCAAGGAGGAGCCCCUGAGUGAGGAGGACGCCGAAGGGGACGAGCUGGAGGCUGAGGAAGAGGAGCCCAUGGACACUGCACCCAGCAGUUGCCUCAGCACCACGUUGGCCAACGGGCUGCCUGCUGGGCGGGCAGUGGGCGGGGGCAGCCUAAAUGGGCACCCAGUUCCAGGCUGUGCCAGCAACCCGGUUGCCCGGGAACUGAAGGCUUUUGUGGAAGCCACCUUUCAGAGACAGUUUGUGCUCACGUUGAGCGAACUCAAGCGCCUCUUCAACCUGCACCUGGCAGGCCUGCCCCCGGGCCACACACUCUUCAGUGGUGUCUCAGACCGAAUGCUACAGGAUACGGUGCUGGCCGCUGGCUGCAAGCAGAUACUGGUGCCUUUUCCCCCACAGACUGCUGCUUCCCCUGAUGAGCAGAAGGUAUUUGCCCUCUGGGAGUCUGGAGACAUGAGUGAUCAGCAUCGACAGGUUUUGCUUGAAAUAUUUUCCAAAAAUUACCGAGUACGACGGAACAUGAUCCAGUCUCGGCUGACUCAAGAAUGUGGAGAAGAGCUAAGCAAACAGGAGGUAGAUAAAGUGCUAAAGGACUGUUGUGUAAGCUGUGGUGGCAUGUGGUACCUUAAGGGGACAGUACAAUCCUGACAAAAGUAGCAAACCGCUAACUCAACGAGUCCAAGCCCAGGGAAGGAUGGCAGAGCCACAAGUAGUCUCGACUUGCCUCAAGACACAGGAAGAGGAUCUGCCCACCUGGUGGCCUGCAGCACUGCCUGGCCCAGAGGACAGAGGGGCUUACACUCAGCCAGUGGCAGGGUCAGCGUAAGUGAGAUCGAUCCCAGCAGAGACCAGCCGGGCCUUCUUUGCAGUACCAUUUGAAAUUCCUGAUGUAUUUUGCUUAUUGGGUUUCAUUCUCAUAAUAAAGAGAGUGUAUACUGA